AUGGUAGACCAGGACAGUUGUGUAGAAGUUAUGUACCCUGACCUGUACAAGGGGCUGAACUUAAAACUUGAAGAUCUAACAAUUUAUGACUCACCUUUGGUAAGUUUUGAUGGGAAAGUCGUUAUUCCAAAUGGGCAUAUUAGGAUGCCUGUUCAGGCUGGCUCAGAGGUGGUGGAAGUAGACUUCAUUGUGGUAGACGCAUACUCCCCCUACAUAGCUAUUGUGGCCAGACCAUGGCUCCAUACCCUAGGAGCUAUUUCUUCAACUCUGCAUCAGAAGGUCAGAACUCAGCUACCACCUCAAGAGAAAAAGGAGUUGGUGGAAUUCCUCAAGAAAAACAUUGACGUAAUCACUUGGAAUGCUUACGAAGCUCCAGGGGUGGAUCCGAACUUCAUCUGUUAUCAUUUGAACGUUAACCCAUCUAUCAUCCCCAAAAGGCAACCACCUCGGCGCUCAUCCAAGGAUCAUUCUGACGCUGUAAAAAACGAGGUGAUGAAACUUAAGCAGGCUGGAGCUAUCAAAGAAGUGUUCUACCUUGAAUGGUUGGCCAACAUUGUGGUUGUGAAGAAGAAAAAUGGAAAGUGGCGGGUAUGUGUAAACUUCACGAAUUUGAACAAAGCAUACCCAAAAGACCCUUUCCCCAUGCCUUAG